AAUGUCAAUUUGUCAUUUUUAUUAAUGGAGACGUGAAUGUCAAAAACUGAAGCAGGAACAAUUUUUCUAUAUUAAUAUUUGUAUAGAAAUCUUAUUAAAUGGAUAUCACGUAUAAAGAUAAAUACGACACAUCCUCUGAUGGAUCUUCAACCAAGAAAAAACACAAGAAAGAACAUAAACGCAAACAUAAAAAGCACAUCUCCGAAAAAACAGAAAAAGAUAAAAGUAAAAAACACAAGAAGCAUAAAAAGCAUAAAUACCGAGUCUCAGAUUCGCCAGAUGAUGCUAAUGGAAGAUACACUCCUGUGAAAGAAGGAAAUGGCCUAAUUACUAACGGUAACACUAAUACUGAUAUACCUACAACACAUCCUGAAUCAGUUGUUGAUGUCAUAUCUAAAGGAUUAAUUUCUGAUCGACUGACAGAAAUAGUUUCUUCUGAAAGUGAUGGUGUCCCAGAAGCAGAUUGUGAUAGUGUGGACAUUGAUAUGAGUGUUAUUGAAGCAGAUAUGGAUUUAGAAGAAUUGAUGAAACAAAAAGAACUUUUACAAGCACAGUUGGCAAAAGCUGAAAGUUUAAAUACACCAAUUGAAAACAAUGAAGUUGAGAAAGUAGUUGAUGAAAUUAUUUUGUUGGAUGAUUCAGAUGAUCAAGAACCGGUACCUACUGCUCCAAAAAGAAAAAAAUCUAGGAGUCGUGAUAGGAAAAUUGAAAGUCGUAAUAAAGAUGAAUCAAAGAAAAAAACCAAUCACAGUACUAGAGAAGUUCACUCUCACAGAGAAGAUAAAAGAGAUAGGUAUAUCCGUGAAUCAGAUCGUUAUCGCAAUAGAUAUGUUAGAGAUCAAUCACGUGAUAGAUCUAGGUCCCAUUACCAUGAUUCUACUAGGCAUAGGUCAAGAGAUAGAUCCAGAGAGAUGAGAUCUAGAGAUUCACAUUCUUAUAGAGAUAGGCAAAGAACAAAUAAUGAUCGAGAUAAAAGACAUAAAGAUUCAACAAAAUCGAGAAGUGUCAAACUUGACAAAUUCAAAGAUUCAUUGAGUGAAGGACAGAAACGUCAAGAAAGUAGUGAUAGCAGUGAAGUGGAAAUGGAUAUAGAUUUAAAUGAGGAAGAUGAGGAAACUAUUAUUGAACACAGAAGGAAACAAAGGGAGGAAUUAUUAAAGAGAUUAAGUGCUAGUAACUCAAAAUCUGGUAAUGUAGAAUCCAAUAUGUCUGCUUCACAAUCUCCCGAAGUGCAGAUUGUUGAAGACUCCCAAAAUAUUACCCCAGAAUGUCCCAAACCGUCUACAACACAUACAUUGAAUAAAUCAAAAGAAAACAUUAAAAUUGAUAUAAAACAAAAUAAUCAAGAUGACGAAGCACAUACCCCACCACUUUUACCUAAUAUGAAAACAGUUGAAAUGGUCUCUAAUGAUAAGAAAAAUGAAAAACAUAAAAAAUCAGAAUGGGAUAUGUUUGCUGAACAAGAUAUUUAUAAAGUUAAUACUUCUUCUCCAAAUGCCAUUACUACCAAAGGCUCGGGGGCUGAAAAUCCAUCUCUUACUGAUAAUUGGGAUGAUGCUGAAGGAUAUUAUCGAGUGAGAAUUAGUGAAAUAUUAGAUUCUCGUUAUAUGGUAUAUGGGUACACUGGACAGGGAGUGUUUAGUAAUGUUAUUAGAGCUAGAGAUCAGGCAAGAGGCGGACAAGAUGUAGCUGUUAAAAUUAUUAGAAAUAAUGAAAUCAUGCACAAAACUGGAUUGAAAGAAUUAGAAAUAUUGAAAAAACUCAAUGAUGCCGAUCCAGAUGAUAAAUUACACUGCCUUAGGUUGAUAAGACAUUUUUUUCACAAACAGCACCUCUGUAUGGUUUUUGAACCACUUGCCAUGAAUCUUAGAGAAGUUUUGAAAAAAUAUGGAAAAGAUGUAGGUCUGCACGUUAAGGCAGUUAGAAGUUAUACUCAACAAUUAUUAUUAGCAUUAAAGUUACUGAAAAAAACAGGAAUUUUGCACGCUGAUAUUAAACCAGAUAACAUCUUGGUCAAUGAAAGCAAGCACCUUUUAAAACUUUGUGACUUUGGAUCUGCCUCAAAGAUAAAUGAAAAUGAAAUAACCCCAUACUUGGUGUCAAGAUUUUAUAGAGCCCCCGAAAUAAUUCUUGGUAUGACUUACGAUUAUGGUAUUGAUAUGUGGUCGGCCGCUUGUACCAUUUAUGAGUUAUAUACUGGUCGGAUAAUGUUUUCUGGAAAAUCAAAUAAUCAGAUGUUGAAAUUUUUUAUGGAUGUCAAAGGAAAGUUUCCAAACAAGGUUAUCAGAAAAGGGGCCUUCAAAGACCAACAUUUUGAUUCAAACUAUAAUUUUUUGUAUCAUGAAAUUGAUAAGGUUACUGAGAGGGAAAAAGUCGUAGUUAUGUCUGUGAUAAAGGUAACACGUGAUUUACAAUCUGAACUCAUAGGAGGACAAAGUUUACCUGCAGACCAACUACGAAAAGUUACCCAGCUCAAAGACCUUCUGGAAAAAGGCUUGGCGAUCGAUCCAGCCAAAAGGAUCAGUCUCAAUAAUGCCUUAACACAUCCUUUCAUACAAGAUAAAAUCUAGAAUUGGUUUAGAGAGGUAAACAAAAAGAGGAAAUCCACAAAUGUUUUUAAAAUAUUUUUUUUUACAACAUGCUUUUACACUGUUAAGGAGGUUGUCUGUACAUGAUAGUUAAGAGAAUGUAAAUGUUCAUAUUUGAAUAAAUCUUUAAUCAGUUUUAUCAUUUUCUCAUGUGAAUAGGAUUCAAAGUAAAAUUCCUGAUCCAUUUAAAAAAAGAGCUAUUUUGCGAUCAUUUUGGGUACAUUCUUUUAAUUGUUUUGCAAAUUUAUAAUUUGUAAUUUAUAAUAAUUUGAAUUAUAAUUUUAACUUUUUCUAUUUGUCCCAAAAUAUUUGCAAAAUAAUUUUAGUACCUUGAAACCGUUACCAGUACAUUGUUGUUUUGUUACAGAAAAUCGUAGCUGGAAAAUCGAAUUGUGAGAGAAUCUUCGCUACAACCAGAUGGUUUAAGAAUUUAAAGUGAGAGAGCUAAGUCAUACAAAGAAACGAUUCGUAAUGAUGUGAUUAAAUAGUUUACAACGUUAACGAGCUUAGGAAUUGUCUAUCGAAAGAAAGGAUAAGUAUUUUCUAUGUCAAAAAUAUAUCAUCUAAUUUUCUUAUUUCUCUUUUAGUUUGAAUCCAAAAUAUAGUCUGAUAUUCAGUAUGCAAGGUAAGUAUGUACUGGUAUUAUCCAUAGAGUUUCUUUAGAAUUUAAAAUAAAUGAAAAUACUUUUUGUAAGCAGUAAACGUCAAUUUAAGAGCUAAUUUUGCUGUUUUUCAGGCGAUAGAAGUUUUAAAUAAAAAUUAAUAGUUGUAAUUCUAAAUAUCCUCUCCAGCAAAAUUAACGCAUUUUUUAUUUGGCUAAAACUUUCAAUGAAAUAACUGAUGUUUUAUUACUGCCAAAGAAGGUAUGUUUUUCAAGGUUUGAUAAUAUUUAAACUUGAUAAAAUACAAAAAAUGGUUUAUUUUCAAAUCUUUUUAAGUUUAAAAAGAACCUUAACGUUCAUCAAAAAUUUAGUCUAACCACCAAAAAAAGUGCUGUAGCUAUUGCCUUGAUUGCUUGAGAGUGGCACAAAGAUUCCAAAUGGUAUAAUCGUCGAUUUCUAGAGCAUCAAAAGGUUUUCCAAGAGUCUGGAAGAAAUCCGAGUAUAAGGGAACAACUUUUAGAGUUUAAUUUGAGGCGCAAAGUACAGACUUCUGUAAAUAUUGAAAAGUACGACUACAGUUUACUAGACAAUAUUUGGAACGGUGGUCAAAUAUAAUGUUCUAAAACAAGUCAAGAUUUUGGAUAUUUGGUAACAAUCGACUUGUUCCUAAGAAAAGUGACCAAAAAAUGUUAGCAAUGCUUACCAAGAUAAGCGUAUCAGGUAGCAAUGGCUUAUUGAAACAGAUGGUAACAGGUGUAUUGUUGAUGUAUUUGCACCACAAGUUGUACAUUGUCGAAAAAAAUUUCUAUUCAGGUAUGACAAUGCAAAAUUACCUCAAAGAAGCAUUGGUUAUGGUCUUUAAUCCAAUAGACUUCUUUGAGAUAUAACAGUACAGUUUACAUGAUCUAUCUCUUAGACUCAUUUAAUUGAAAUGCUUGUUGUUUUUGUAUGAUUAGUUCGAUAAGUGGAUAGUAUUUAACUGGAUUUUUUUCUUUUCUUGCGCUUCUUUGACUAUCGAUAUUUUAGUUUCCAAAUGAAACACGAUAAAUGUAUGCGAUUUCGUUUUUAUUAGAUAUUAACCCGGGAGCGGUCGUGUUAUUUCUUCUUACGUAUGUAGUCGUGCAUUGAGAAAUUCAGAUUAUAGUUAUUUCUUUUUAACUUGAACCAUAAACAUAUUUGAAGGCAAAAAUUUAUUACAGUAGUUAAAUAUAUCACAGAGAAUUUAAAAAAAAAACUUAUAAGGGUCCAUCCAUAAAUUACGUCACACGAAUUUUAGUACUUUUGAACCUUUCCCACCGUCCUUGUCACAUUUUUAUAAUCCCCCUCCUGUUGUAACAUCACACAUUUUUUGAAUAUAUGCAUAUAUUUAAAAAAAAAAGAGAAAACAGCUAUUUUUAUUUUUUACUAGUAUUUUUUUUGAAUAUAAUAAAAUCAACAUCAAAUAAUUAAACUUAGAAAACUAUGACUGUCACUCAGCAAAAGAUAAUCUUCAAGUAAAUAGUAGGAAUAUAUUGAAGUCACUACGCUGGUGCAUGUAAAAAAGCAAGCGAGAAAUCGUCAACCUAUUUAAAUCUUCCUCUUUCAAAAUUCACGAUCUAGAAGUUAAAUAUAUGAGAUAUAAUCUCAUAGCGAGAAUGCUAAAUUAUCAAUAAAUUUGUAAAUAAAUUUCACGUUUUAGUAUUUUGAAUUUUAAUAUACGACUUCACAAAACUUUUGUCCUCCCUUUGUUCCUUGUCACAUUUCAGUGAUACCCUUCCUCCCCAUUACCAUGUGACGUAUCAUAUGGAUGACCACUAACAAAAAAAAUGAAACUUAUGUAAAUUCCGAUAGCGUAAUAAGUAGAAUACCGCUGAUUAAUAUGUUCAAACAAUUGACGUAUUGAAGCCAGAUUAUCAAUGCUUCUCCUAUCUUCUCUGGUGUCAAUUUCAUCAAACCUUUUGGCUCUCAAUAGAGUGUGAAAUCGUCUUUCGGAAAUUACAGCAGAGAAAAAUUCAGGAGCAGUUCUAUCAGUACUCCAAAAGUUAAACGUAUGUCAAUGAUAACUUCUGAUGACACCUUCCAUGUACAAAAUAUCAAGAAACUCAUCAUAAUCUGUAGGAAGGCGAUCCCGUUCACAUUUAUGCAUCUUUUUUAGCUUGUGAUUUGUAUGAGUCACUAUAUCACCAAUAAGGUAAUCGGUGAAAAAUAAUUUCCAACAAUUCAAAAUUGUGGUGGCAUUUUUAGCAAUUGACCGAACUCCUGGCAACUUUAUUAUACUAUUUGCUUUUGCUGUUUUUAAUCUCAUCCCAUAUGGUCUAUACUUUAACCAUUUCAUUCCAUUUUGACCAACCAUUAUUGGUACUCUACUGCAACAUUCGAAAUUUCUUAUUUGACUGUUCACUUUCGUUUACAUGAUCUGAAGGAGCUUCGUCAAUGUUACACUGCUUCUUCACCACUAGGAAUUUCAUCGAGCAUUUGAGAAUCCACUCUUCCGUUUAGGAUUCAUACACUGCAAAACAUAAUCCAUACAUAAAGAAGAAACAAAUGAAAACCCGAAUAGUAAUGUUAGGAAAAAAUAACACAACUUACUUCACGAUAUUUCGCGCGUCGUUAGAAUUUUUCUAACAAAAGAUAAUCCGUAAAUGAUGUUAGAUUUUUUCUAACAACGCGACCACUCCUCGGUUAAAAAACGAUGAUUGAUGUUAACUAGACCUUCAAAGGAGUGCUAUUGUUCCAAUCGGCUAUAAUACCGAGCGUUUUCUAUUAAAAGUGAGAGGGGGCAACAAGUUGCAGUUCGGCAUUAUUCACAAUAUUCCCUAAAUAAAAUAGAAUAUAAUAAUUUCCCAUAUAAAAUACAAUAAUGCUCUUGAUCAAAAUUUUAUCAGAAAUAAGAUCAGAAGCAUCACCAAAUACUGUCAAGCUGUAAAUGAUGCGAUAACUUUUAGUAUACGCCCUUUAAUUAUUUUUUAGAUUUUAUUUCAAACUAUUUUACAUACUUUUUUGUUAAAUAUCUGUAUUUCGUACUAGAGUGGUUGAAAUUGAACGAUAUAUGAAUGUUAUAUUUUUAAUCCACAACAUAAUAAAUUCAUUGUAAUAUGCUUAAGAUUAAAAAAUUUAAAUAUGCGUUAAUUUUGUUGAAUUUAUAUUAAAUAAUAUAGACAAAAAUAUCGAAGCUGAAGAGAAUUUAUGAAUAAUAAUUGAAGAGGAAUGAAACGAAUAGAGGUUUAUAAAAGAAUAAAGAUGGCAGUGAAAUAACAGAAAUGAGUUACUAAAGAAGAGUAAGAGGUGGAA